AUGUCGGCCUCGCCAUCAAUAAAACCCUCCCAACUCCUCCGCCUCCCCGCCGAACUCCGGCUCAAGAUCUACGAAUAUGCCCUCGCGGUCCCAAACGAGUACAUGGACAAGCCGCUCAUGGUCGUCCACGACCGCGGCGACGUCUCCACCGUCCGCGGCCGCUACAGAGCCCUCUCCAUGUGCCCUAGCUGGGUCGGCGAAGACGGCACGACGGGCCGCCUGCUCCAGGUCAACCACCAGAUCCACGACGAGGCAGAAGAGUACCUGUACUCGCAGCACACGCUGUUCUUCCGCAACUCGUUCGAUCUCGACCGCCUCACCUCCUUCCUGGACAUGCUGAGCCCCACGGCGCUCAGCCGUAUCCGCAGCGUCGGCUUCGAGGUCCUGCUCUUCGUGCACGCGCAGGAGGGCGUGCCGAAGCGCUCGUUCAGGCAGUAUGCGCGCGCGCGGGACCUGCUCGCGCGCCGGCUGCCCCGGUGGCGGACGGUGCUUCUUUACUUCGAUCCGCGGUUCUAUUACCCGCCGGCGGCGGUGGGGGGGCGGGAACUUGCUGCGCGGGGGGUGCUGCAGCUGGCGAAGAUGUUCGGGGAGGUGGGAAACCUUGAUGUUACCUUCUGUCCGUUGCCGGAUAGGCACCAUAGGCUGGUGGAGGAGGCGCAGCAGGUUCUGUGGCGGAGUCGGUCGCCUGGUCCUUAUGAGCCUAUGGCGCUGGCUGGGUCAUCGGGGGCGAAGAUUGGGGGGUCUAUGGGUGAUUCGGUACGGUGUUCUCAUGGGCUGUGUUUAUAA